CGCCAACUGGAAUGGCGGCAUCGGAUGGCGCGGCGACGACGACGACGGCGCCACGAUGGAGUGUAUUCAAGGUGCUUCAAGUGCUUUAUGAGAACAUUGCGCUUGAAGGUCGCAAUGGUAUCUCCGUGCGCCGACUCUUUCACAAGUUUGAGCCGAGUGGCGAUGUCCACAUGCACGCAAUGAUCUGGGCAAUCUUGCGCCGCGGGUGUUCUCCGACGAAUCCUGUCCAGGUUGCGCACAACCCGCAGAUCAGCAUGCAGAACGAGAACGACAGCACGUUGCCUUCUUCAAUUUCCACUACGAUGCCAAAGAAGCGGAAAGCCCCGGCAAAGACGGCAACGAAGAAGAAACGUAAGAAGAUGUCGCCCGACUCCGAAGUGUCCGACUCGGAGGAGGCCGUGUGCCGACCGUCGGUAUCUAAACCAUCGUCAUCUGCACGAUGGAAAUCAGGUCCUGCUCCAACCACCGCUCUGCCCCAGCACGAUCUCGCUCCUUUAGAUGCAUCCGAUAUUCCAUUCGACGCCGCGAUGGCCGACCCCAUGCUGGUCCUCGUGGCCACGUACGACAUUCGCCUCCAGGCCCUGGGGUACUCAAAAGUUGGUGUUGAUAUCAGCGCCAUUCUACUGGACGUGCUGGAAAUGAUCGGCCGAACGCGGUGUAUCGGGAUCACAGUUAGCUGCAUCAGCGACACCCUGUUCAAUGGCGACAUUAAGCGCAUGCACUACUUCCUCGAUGAACUCGUCGCGAUGAAUCUUGUGGAGAAGCGUAUCUUGACUCUUCCUCCGCGCCGCUUCAAUAUCAUUCAUUUGAAGCGGUUUGCUGCGUUGUUCGACCCCCACACGAUGGGGUUUGCCGGCUUUUACUUUGAGCACGAGCCCAACACGAAGGCAAUCUUGGUCAACAAGCUCCUGCGGUCGAUGCAGGUCCGGAACGAAGAGACUGCUGUGUUCCCCGACGUCGCCAAGCGCUUUGGUCUCCAAAAACGGCAGCAGGAGUCCCUGCGCAACUACAUUUGCCAGGAAGCGACGAAAAACCCAUUGACGUGCCCACUUCAUAUGUUCAUGGCAACCUGUCAUGGCGGCGAGCGGUCCACGGGCCGCAAACUCUGGUGCGUCCGCGUCGUAGACACGUCUGCGAACACCGGCUCGUCCAUCACAAGGGGCGGCAACGAGUUCACCUUCCCGCUGGCCCACAACAUGGGAGGUGCUGAAUACUUGUAUCGACUGGUUGAUGCCGCGAGCCCGGAAGGCAUCACAAUCCCAGAAGUCAAGGACGUUUGCGGCAACCCGGACAACAAGUGGGUGUACAAGAAGAUGCAGCGCAUGCUGAUCCACCACAACGUGGUAUCGGAACGGGUCAUGGGCUCCCGCAGCGUCGUGCACAAGUUCAGCGUCGUGCCGACCAUCAUCAAGUCCGAAGAAGUGGCUGCGCCAACUACUGCUGGCGUCGGGGUGGGCAUCGGUCGGUAUGCUUCGAUUCGGCAAUCAAUUCAAAACUCGGGACACCGUCUCGUCGGCGACGUGUUUGUGGAACGGCAGGCAUUCUUGAUGGACCAAAUUCACACCAACUCGAUUGUGUCGGUCGGGUACCUCCGGCGAACGCUGUGUGCCCACGAGAAUCGCCAGGGCACGCACGGCAUCGAUGGCCGGACCAUUCUUCGGCUCCUCCAGCCCCUCGUGGACGACAAGACGAUCGAGUUUAUUGACGUAAACGUGCCAUGGAAGAAAGUGUCUGGUCAUACCCGCGUCCGAUGUGUCGCGCUUCCAUUCGUCAUGAAGGAAGAGUCCCAAGCCACGCUGCGCAAAUUCCUCGACCAAUAUUCGCCGCUCGACGAUUUGGACUCGACGAUCAAGUGGGUCGACUCGUCAUUUUCGAUCGUGCGGGAAGACCACUUGCGCCAGCGGCAGUUGAAUGCUGCGGAUGCGAAAUCGAAACAAAACAUCGUGGCACUGUCGCACAAUAUUUCUGCGUUCAACGCAGCGCGGCAACGGUUGAAGGACCACCAUCGCCAAUGCCGCAGGCUCGGGCAAGCGUACGGGAUGAUGUGCCGCGCCCGGCUCCUCCAUGUCGCCAUAUGCCGCGCACUGGUGCGCAUGAAAGUUUGGCCUACGACGGCAUUGACCCUGCCAUCGGUCGACAAGGAAGCUCGUAUUGAGUUCAAGUUUCAAGACGUGAUGGCCCAUACGUCCGUGCAAGACUAUUGCCAAAUCUUUGGCACGCCUGAGGCUUUGUCCGAAGCGCAGGAAGCCGCCGUCAAGCAAGUCAUUUAUGCCGGGAACUCCAUGAAUAUCUCUGACCAGUGGAAAAGGCUUGGCGCCGUCGGCAAGGUGCUCCAGCGCAACCAGCGCAACCGCGCAAAGCGCAUGGUGGACAUCCUCGUGGACUUCAAGCUCCUCCAUCGCAAGCAGCCGGCCCCUCUGCAGCACGAGAGCGUGUACAGCAGCGACGUAGACGAGAUGGUGUCUCGCGUCGUCGACCAGACUGUUCACGGCGGCGUGCUGCUUCUCAAUCUUCAUGUGUUUGUCGCGGUAGUGGACGAGCGCGCGUCGACGCCACUUCGACUUCGCGGAGUGCUGAGGCCGGUGGGAUUCGGUCCCCUCCCAGAGAUACCCCUCGAGUACUCGUUCAACGACGUGGACCAAGUCAUCACGUUUUGGCGGCUCCUGGAAGUGUUCUACCUCGAGAAAGCUCGAUGGGAAUGCAUGAUGGAGCCGCCGAUGCCAGAUCAACCGCCCAUGUUCGUCAAGCCGUACUUGGUGCCGUCGAUCAAUGCAACUCUAUCGCUGCUGUGGACGGACAGCGGGUCCCUGCAGCGGCAGAAGGUCGGGAUUAUGAAGACAAGAGCCAAGCCAAAGAAACGUGUGUUUUCGUCCAACUUGAUCAAUCCGAAUCCGAAGUGGAAGUUGGAUGCGCGCGCGCAACGCAUCGAACAGCGGCGCCAGCAACCGCUACGGAUCAAGACGCCACGCCGCAAGCCGGAAAAAAUUGCCUUGACGCCAGACCAUGAAGAAGCUGCGCUCGCAUCGUAUAUGGACAAGAUUGUGAACCUGUGGCAGGUCGACGUGCCGUUGGAACUGCGUUUUGACCAGGAAGAGACGACUUUUAUCAACAGCCGCGUCUGGCGCGGCCGAGUCAACUGGAAUGCGAUCGGGUUGGAGGUCGGGUGGCCCAUGCUGCGUGUUGGCGCGACGCGGCCGUACGUUGGCCUCGAAGUGAAGCGCCGGCUGCUCAAGCACUGCUUGCCGCGCCCGAUCGUGAAGAAGCAAUUGAUGGCGCUAGAAGCUGCCGAAGUCGCGGCCAAAAAUCCCACUGGCCGCUUUCUCGAGGAGGUAAUGAUUCAGUCGGAUCCGCGCGUGUAUGGAUGCCUGGUCAAGGCGGUGCAGAUGAUGCUACAGCCAGACGCUGAAUAUGACUCUGCCGUGGCCGACGAUCUCCUCACGCCGUUCUCGACGCUCGAAAUGAAGAUCGUGUGGCGAUACUUGUAUUUUGCUGGCAAAGUCAACAGAAGUAAGCCGGCCGACACGGGCCAUCGUCGCGGGUAUGCGUUCUCGCUCGCGAUGUUCGACUUCUUGCGGCUCAAUGCGACGCAGUGGCCGCUCACGAUGUGCCUGGACGCCGCCGAGCACAUGGGUGCCAUGUCGACGCUGCAGGAGGAUGGCAUGGAGAUGCAGAUGCCGUCGAAUGCAAGUGCGGGCUUUAUGGCGACGCUCCUGGCGGGCCACGUGCAAGGCACCGUCGACCUCGACGUCACGUUCGAACAAACAAAGGAUGGCGUGUACGGCAGCAUGACCAACCUCAAGGCGGGCCGCAGUUUCAAGGACAACGGGUUCAUCGGGCACAUGCACCGCUUCACGAAUGGGCGGAGCUACGACGAGUUCAACAUGGACUGGGUCCUUUCGACCAAGGCGAGUUCGGCAAGUGCCACGGACGACUGUUGGGAAGUAUUUACACCUCGAAAGCGCAAGCGAUGCGAUGGGGAAGGCGGCGAACAACACGACGACGACGACGAUGACGUCGAAUGGACGUGUCUGCAUGCGCCGUCGAAACCAUGCACAUCCAUGAAGCGUUGCCGCAAUCUUGUGGUGGAAGCCCUGGCCAAAGCUAUUGAUGCCAAGGAAGGCGAAGGCACGACUGCCACGGACUUGGCCAACAAUUUGUUUCCCCACGCAACGUCCCAACGACGACGGCAGCAAGUCCAAGAAGCCCUGGACCAACUCGUCACGAACGACCGCGUGUGCGACGUGCAUGCGUACAACUGCGUUCGCUACGUCGCUUCCGCGCAUGCAAAGCCGUGGAUGGUGUUUCCCUACGCCUACAAGAAAAAAGUCGCCGAGUUCAACCGAGACGAGCCACUGAUCGCUCGACCAUGGCUCAAGAUGAACGGCACGACCAACGAAGCGUUCAUGGUGGUCAUGAAGCGCGAAAUCACCAUGCUCGUUGCCGAACGACCAGGGAUUGGUGAAGUGCACAUGAGUGAGUACUUCAAGGGUCUCCUCGGCCUUCAAGACGUUCGGUGCCUGUGCUUUCAACUCAUCGAUGACCGCGUGAUCUACUCCCGUGUAUCCAAGAAGCGAAAACGAUGCAGGUUGUUCAGUGGAGCUCCAUCAUUACCGGAGGAACCUGUCGUCGGCGAGUACUCGAUGGACCGCGACGAGUUUGAGAUGCACUACUUUCCAUCGGUCGACUGCUUUGGCCAGCUCGGGAAUGCGGUGCAGGAACUGCUGUAGUGGAGCGGCGUCUCAUGAUUGGUUGAAAUUGGUGAAAAAAUCGUGUUCGUUUUUCAAAUCGAAGGCGUAUAUUCAAUAAGACAUUUGUUGAUUGGAUAAA